CCCUGGGCCGGGAAGAGCCGCCGUUCGGAGCAUGGGGAGCUGCUGGCUGCGCCUCGCCGCGCUGCUCGCCCUGGGCACCCCGCCCAGCCUGGAGUACCAGGGAUCGGGAUACUCACCCCUUGAAGAUGACGAGGAUGUGUAUGCACGCAAUAGAUAUAAAGAAACCCCGUGGUGCUCACCCAUUAAAGUGAAACACGGUUACGCAAACUGCAGGACACCUCAAGGGGAAUAUUACAAGAAUGUGUUGGGCACAAGAUGUGAUAUUCGCUGUCAAAAAGGCUACGAACUGCAUGGCCCUCACCAGCUAAUUUGUCAGUCAAGCAAACGCUGGUCUGGGAAAGUGCUGUGCAAACAAAAGCGCUGCCCCACCCUGUCCAUGCCGACCAAUGGGGGUUUCAAGUGUUUGGAUGGUGCCUACUUUGGCUCGAGGUGUGAGUAUUACUGCUCUCCAGGAUACCAGCUGAAAGGAGACCGGAUAGUGACGUGCAUGGACAACAAAGCGUGGAGUGGCCGGCCAGCAUCCUGCGUUGACACCGAACCUCCGAGAAUCCAGUGCCCAAGCGUGAAGGAGAAAACCGCGGAGCCCAACAAGUUGACAGCCAGAGUGUUCUGGGACACCCCAGAGGGACGGGACACUGCUGAUGGGAUUCUGACAGAUGUUAUUUUGAAAGGCCUGCCACCAGGGUCACAUUUUCCAGAAGGCGACCACAAAAUCCAGUAUACUGUGUAUGACAGAGCUGAAAACAAAGGCACUUGCAAAUUUCUUGUUAAAGUCAGAGUCAGGCGCUGUGUGAAAUUAAAUGCCCCAGAUAAUGGCUACAUCAAGUGUUCAGGUGAUGGAAAUAACUAUGGUGCUACAUGCGAGUUCUCCUGCAUUGGUGGCUACGAGCUGCAAGGAAGCCCAGCUAGAGUGUGCCAGUACAAUUUGGGGUGGUCAGGAGUGGAGCCAACCUGUGCACCCAUGAAUAUUAAUGUGAAUGUGAGGACUGCAGCUGCGCUUCUGGAUCAAUUUUAUGAGAAGCGGAGACUGCUAAUUAUUUCAACUCCUACUGCAGCCAACUUCUUCUACAGGAUGCAGCUGGGAAUGCUGCAGCCAGCACAGUGUGGGUUAGACCUCCGACACGUUACCGUGGUUGAACUGGUUGGUGUGUUCCCAGCUCAGAUAGGAAGAAUAGGUGUAAAGCUGCUGCCUCCAUCUCUUGCCCUGCAACUCAGGCUGCUGCUGAGGAUCCCCCAUUACAAUUUCAACAUCGUGGUGAUGGACAAGCACGGAAUGGACAAGGAGCGUUAUCCUUUCCCAGCAACACCAGCUGAACUCUUUGCCCUUAUUGACAAAUUUCCCUUGAGAAAAGAUGAGAUGAAACUGCAAGCAGAAAUUGGUCAAUCAUGUCCCUAAUUCAGGAUUUCAGGGCUUGCAGUUGUCAGUGAAUUUUUUUUAAUUCACGUAUUUCUCUCCUUGGUGCUACACAAAGCAUGGCUUUUUUAAUCACUGAUGUGAUUUUUUGUGUGUAUCGGUAAGUCUGUCCAGCCGUGUAGCUGCUCUGCAUAGAAGUAUGCACGAUGCUUUUUUGUACUUUCAGUCAUCUUUAAAUCAUAGAAUCACAGAAUGGCCUGGGUUGGAAGGGACCUUAAAUAUCAUCU